AUGCCGUCCUCGUCUAAGGGCGUCCCGUCAAAGCGGGGGAUCUCGGAGUCCAAGGCGUGGGAGGCGCUCCAGAUGCACGUCAACGACAUCGAGCGCACGCACCUGAAGGACCUCCUGAACGACGAGGCCCGCGUGGAGUCGCUGAUCAAGGAGAAGGAGGGCGUGUACUGCGACUUCUCCCGCCAGCGCGUCACCGAGCAGACCAUCGACCUACUGAUGAACCUCGCCGAGGAGGCGGGUCUGAAGGAGAAGAUCGACAACAUGUUCAACGGCGAGCACAUCAACGCGACGGAGGACCGGUCGGUGCUGCACGUGGCCACGCGGGCGGCGCGCGACGACAAGAUUCUGUCGGACGGCAAGGACGUGGUGCCGGAGGUGUGGGAGGUGCUCGACAAGAUCAAGGCGUUCUCGGAGAAGGUCCGGAGCGGCGAGUGGAAGGGCGCGACGGGCAAGGAGCUGAAGAACGUGGUGGCGAUUGGCAUCGGGGGGUCGUACCUGGGCCCGCUGUUCGUGCACACGGCGCUGCGGACGGAGCAGGAGACGGCGGAGGCGGCCAAGGGCCGGCAGCUGCGGUUCCUCGCGAACGUGGACCCGGUGGACGUGGCGCGUGCGCUGAACGGGCUGGACGCGGAGGAGACGCUGGUGGUGGUGAUCAGCAAGACGUUCACGACGGCGGAGACGAUGCUGAACGCGCGCACGGUGCGGCAGUGGCUCAUCAGCGAGCUCGACGGCGCGGGCGUGGAGGCCAAGGAGGCGGUCGCGCGGCACAUGGUGGCCGUGAGCACCAACCUCAAGCUGGUCAAGGAGUUCGGGAUCGACCCGGAGAACGCGUUCGGGUUCUGGGACUGGGUCGGGGGGCGGUACAGCGUGUGCUCGGCGGUGGGCAUCGUGCCGCUCGCGCUGCAGUACGGGUUCGACCACGCCGAGCAGUUCCUGGCGGGCGCGCGCUCGAUCGACAAGCACUUCCGGUCGGCGCCGUUCCGGGAGAACCUGCCCGUGCUGCUCGGGCUCUUCUCGAUCUGGAACGUGUCGUUCCUCGGGUACCCCGCGCGCGCGAUCCUGCCCUACUGCCAGGCGCUGGGCAAGCUGCCCGCGCACAUCCAGCAGGUGUCGAUGGAGAGCAACGGGAAGGGCGUGGACAUCGACGGCAAGCGCCUGCCGUACGACUCGGGCGAGAUCGACUUCGGCGAGCCCGGCACGAACGGCCAGCACUCGUUCUACCAGCUCGUGCACCAGGGCCGCGUGGUGCCCGCGGACUUCAUCGGGACGGUCAAGUCGCAGUGCAGCGUGUACCUCAAGGGCGAGAUCGUGUCCAACCACGACGAGCUCAUGUGCAACUUCUUCGCGCAGGCCGACGCGCUCGCGUACGGCAAGAGCGCCGCCGAGCUGCGCGCGGAGGGCAUCCCGGACUUCCUCAUCCCGCACCGCACCUUCACGGGGAACCGGCCGUCGCUGAGCAUCCUCGUCCCCGAGCUCAACGCGUACACCGUCGGGCAGAUCCUCGCGCUGUACGAGCACCGCGUCGCCGUGCAGGGCUUCAUCUGGAACGUGAACUCGUUCGACCAGUGGGGCGUCGAGCUGGGGAAGAAGCUGGCGUCCAACGUGCGCACGAGCAUCAACAAGUGCCGCACGGCCAACAAGAAGAUCCGCCCGCAGGACGGGUACAACGUGUCGACCAUGAAGAUGAUCAACAAGUACCUCGAGGGCAAGGCCACGCUGCUGUACCCGGAGCCGCGCGACGUGUUCCCCAAGGGCAUGAUCCACGAACACGAGCCGCCCGCGGAACCGCCCGUGUAG